AUGUCCUCUGGAUCCGCUUCGGAGCGCCAGUACGAGCACAUCCUCACCUCGCUGCCGUCCCCCGGCAUUGCCCUCAUCACGCUCAACCGUCCAAAGGCGCUCAACGCCUUAUCAUCCCCGCUUUUCGCGGAACUCAACGAAGCCCUGGCAGCCUUUGAUGCAGAUGACGGCGUCCGUGCAUUGGUGCUUACCGGCAGCGACCGUGCAUUCGCAGCGGGCGCUGACAUCAAGGAGAUGAAGGACAAGGAGUACUCGGAUGUCUACCAGAACCGCUUCAUCGAGAACUGGUCGCGCAUCACCCACCUCCGGAAGCCCAUCAUCGCCGCCGUCAGCGGCUAUGCGCUCGGCGGGGGCUGCGAGCUCGCCAUGAUGUGCGACAUCAUCCUCGCGUCGCCCACCGCCGUCUUCGGCCAGCCCGAGGUCAACAUCGGCAUCAUCCCCGGCGCCGGCGGGACCCAGCGGCUCGUGCGCGCGAUCGGCAAGUCGCGCGCGAUGGAGCUCGUGCUCACCGGCCGCCCGUUCAGCGCCGCCGAGGCCGCCGCGUGGGGGCUCGUCUCGCGCGUGUCGGAGGACGUGCUCGCGGACGCGCUCGCGCUCGCGGGCCAGAUCGCGGGCAAGGGCGCCGUCGCGGCGCAGGCGGCGAAGGAGGCCGUGAACGUCGCGUACGAGGGCAGCCUCGCGGAGGGGCUGCGCCAGGAGAGGCGGCUGUUCCACGGCAUGUUCGCGACGCGCGACCAGAAGGAGGGUAUGGCGGCGUUUGCGGAGAAGCGCAAGCCGACUUGGACCCACUCGUGA